AUGGCGAGCGACCAACAACACCAACAACAGCAGCAGCAACAGAUGGCGGCAGAAGCUGUGGCUGGGAACACGAGUGGCUCGUCUGCCCCUCUCGAUACGGCGACCAGCGGCAGCAGCAGCAGCAACGUCCACGUGCAGGGGUUCGCGCCACUGGCCUUCGACGAAAGUCUCGUGGCUGCAAUGACGACGGGAUCGACUGGCGCGAUGACCGCUGUGACGACCACAAGCAGCAAGUCGGCCGCUGAUUUCUUUCUGGAUCAGAUCGCAGCAGUGGUGUCGGACGAGAAGAAGCUCUCGGAUAAUAUCAUGGACUUGAUCCCGCCUGUGGAAGCGCCAGUGAGUCAAGCAGCAGGCGGAGGGACAGGUGGUUCGAGUGCAGGCAUGACGUCGUCGAUCGACAUACCGUUGCAGCCACCGCCCGGGCUGAUGAUGCGUGCGUUGUCGCCGCCGACGUCGCUCUUGCCUGACUUUGGUGAUGUUGCGUCUUUGUCUCUGCUUGGAGAUGGCAUGGUAAGUGGGACAGCAACGAGCUUGGGUACGUUUGCUUUGCCAGCGACGACGACAGUUGCAACAGCGGUGAAACGAGAGCUACCUGUUGUAAGACCGGCAGUCACAGGUACAACUGCAGCUUUGACGAGACAAGCAGAUCUGAUGAGUGCGGCGAACAAGAAACAGAAAACGGAGAAUUCGCAGUCGGAUUCUGUUGCGAAAUGUGGAGUGUCUGCACCGCCCCUGUCGGCAAUUGGCAAUCCGCCAAUCCAGCAGCAACAGCAAGCGAGACAUCAUCUUCAUAGCAACAACAAUCAGUUGGGUGUGUCUGCCGCCGCUGCAGCAGCACGCGAGAAAGUAAUGAAAGAGCCACAGUCUGGUGAUCUCUACGAGUGUGUGAUCACCAAACGCAAUGGGGGACUAGGACUCACACUCGCCUGCGUGGAUGACCACGUCCAAAUUACAGGGCUUGCGCCAGAUACACCUGCCGCGAGUAGCGGUAUCUGCGUUGGCGACACGCUGGUGGCUGUAUCGGGGCUGCCUGUGCGCGGACUGCAAUUCUCGACGGUUAUUGGCCGCCUUAAAUCGACUUCGCGCAACUCGGUUGUUCUUAAACUUCGCCGAAAUCCUUUUCGACAAAAUGCUGGUGGCUCGGCAUCGUAUCGCGGAAUGAAACGCCCCGCUCGAGGGAUGAUUAGGGGGCCGGAUAGCAGCAAUAGUGCUAACGUUCUCUCAAGUAAGACGAUGGCGCUGGAGACGCGAAUAGGUGGUGGUCAAAGCAAUGUCAUGAAUGGUUCUACUGGAAGUACGGGUGGCCUGCCGAACACAGGGACCGCACCUGCUGGCCUAGAUGACCCGCACCGCUCGCAUCACCAAGGACUUACUGGUUUCGCGAACCAUUCCGCUGGUAAUAACCAUGCGCAGCCUAUACAGCUCAAGUCGGAAUCCAUGAACUCGACGUAUUUCCCCACAGAUGCGUCUAUUCUGACAAUGGGAGCGCCUGCUAGUAGUACGUCAGCCGCUGUAUUACCCAGUGCAAUCGCACCAUCUUCGGUCUUCAGUGAUUUGCAGACUGGACGGAGAGUUAGUCAUGAGGAGAAGGAUCGCUACUAUGCUGAGUGCCGAUCUCUUCGACACGAAAUGGGUAGAGUCAUGGUGGCACAAAGAUUGCAAAAGCGAGAAGCGAAAUUGUUUACUACUCAGUUGCAGGCGGUCGUGGACAAGUUCAAAGAGCAAGUGCGGUCGCUGGAAUCGACACCGUCCGCUGCAGUACCUUCCACUGCAACACCUUCUGAACCGUCCAGCAGCUCUGAUCGCGACGAAGUAACAGCUUUACGUCUAAAACUGGUGGAAGCAAACCAGGCAUUAGCGAAACGACAAACUGAAAUGCUGGUGCUUCAAGAUCGAGAAGCUCGACAUGCGCUUCCGGAAUCCCAGCGCUUGAGAUGGCAAAUUGUGUCGCACAUGCGGAGAAGUGUGCUGCAAAUUGACUGUAAAGCGGCUUCGAAGUUGUCACCCCCUCCGACCGUGAAGACGGCUGGUGUACCCAAUGAUCCGCGAGUGAGUUUUGAGGAGCGGCUCGAAGGUGUCCGGCUUAGUGCUUUCGCGCUACUUGUUGGACAGAGCAAUGCAAAACCUGGAUCACCUACUGUUGAGCUCGAACUUGACGUGAAAGCUUGUACCGAGCUUCUAGGCUGGAAUUUACGCGAAGUGGUUGUCCAAGCAGCAGGGACAUACACUGUAAGUGUGGCUGACAAUGUUCACGUAAGGUAUAUGCGAACCGAAGAGGCUCUUGUCGUUUCGUGGACACUAUGCGUGAAAGACAACUGUAGCGGAAGGAAAUAG